UCUCUGAGGGCCGUGGGUAGACGCCAUUUUGGCCCCAGAGGUGCUUCUGGGAAGUUGAGCGCGAUUUCUGGUUUUGCCGGCUGGUAAGGCACGGCCCUGUGGAGUAGCUGGCGUUUCCUGGGCGAAGCGUCGGCGUCCGCCGCCGCCGACCUCUCCGGAGUCUCGGGCGAGGCAGAAGCGCGCCGCGGCGGAGAGAGGUCACUCGGCCAGGAAGGACGUGACGGGGGCGGCGCGUGGCGCGGACACUCCCCGCCGAGAGCCCGCCUGCCAUGGACUCGGAGUACUACAGCGGGGACCAGUCAGAUGAUGGUGGUGCAACCCCAGUACAGGACGAGCGGGAUUCAGGGUCAGAUGGUGAGGAUGGUGUUACCGAGCAGCACUCCGGAUCCGACACUGGAAGUGUAGACCACCACUCAGAGAAUGAAACUAGUGAUAGAGAAGAUGGCUUGGCCAAGAUACAUAAUGGAACAGACUCUGAGAAUGAUGAGCCUUCCAAUGCUAAUGCCAGUGACUCUGAAAGUGAGGAGCUUCACAGGCCAAAGGACAGUGACUCUGACUCUGAGGAGCAUGCAGAGUCUCCUGCCAGUGACUCUGAAAAUGAACCUGUCAACCAACAUGGGAGCGACUCUGAAAAUGAAGAGCUGCUUAAUGGGCAUGCCAGUGACUCUGAAAAGGAAGAGGUUAGAAAGCAUGCAGCCAGUGACUCUGAAACCGAGGACACUCUGCAGCCUCAGGCCAGCGAGUCUGACAGUGAAGAUCCCCCAAGGCCCCAGGCCAGUGACUCAGAAAAUGAGGCGCCUCCCAAACCUCGGAUAAGUGACUCGGAAAGCGAGGAGCUCCCCAAACCCCGAGUCAGUGACUCGGAAAGUGAGGACCCUCCAAGGCCCCAGGCCAGUGACUCAGAAAGCGAGGAGCUCCCCAAACCCCGGAUCAGUGACUCAGAAAGUGAGGACCCCCCAAGGCCCCAGGCCAGUGACUCAGAAAGCGAGGAGCUCCCCAAACCCCGAGUCAGCGACUCGGAAAGUGAGGACCCUCAGAAAGGACCUGCUAGUGAUUCUGAAGCUGAGGAUGCCUCCAGACACAAAGAGAAGCCAGACUCAGAUGACAGUGAUGGGGAGAAUAAGAGGGAAGAUUCUGAAGUGCAGAAUGAGUCAGACGGCCAUACAGACAGAAAAGGACUCCACAGCUCUGACAGCGAGGAGGAAGAACCCAAAAGGCAAAAAAUUGACAGUGAUGAUGAUGAAGAAAAGGAGGGGGAUGAGGAGAAAGUAGCAAAGCGGAAGGCGGCUGUGCUUUCUGAUAGUGAGGAUGACGCAGGCAACGCAUCAGCAAAGAAGAGUCGAGUUGUCUCUGAUGCUGAUGACUCUGAUAGUGAUGUUGUAUCAGACAAGUCAGGCAAAAGAGAGAAGACAGUAGCAUCUGACAGUGAAGAAGAAGCUGGGAAAGAAGAGUCUUCUGUAAAGAAGAAAGAAGAGAAGGAUCUGUUUGGGAGUGAUAGUGAAUCCGGCAAUGAAGAAGAAAAUCUUAUUGCAGAUAUAUUUGGAGAAUCUGGUGAUGAAGAGGAAGAGGAAUUUACGGGUUUUAACCAAGAAGAUUUGGAGGAAGAGAAAAACGAAACACAGCUAAAGGAAGCAGAAGAUUCUGAUUCUGAUGAUAACAUAAAGAGAGGCAAGCAUAUGGACUUUCUGUCAGAUUUUGAGAUGAUGUUACAACGAAAAAAGAGCAUGUGUGGCAAACGCAGACGAAAUCGAGAUGGGGGCACUUUUAUUAGUGAUGCAGAUGAUGUUGUGAGCGCCAUGAUUGUCAAGAUGAAUGAAGCUGCUGAGGAAGACAGACAAUUGAAUAAUCAAAAAAAGCCAGCUCUGAAAAAAUUAACCUUAUUGCCUACUGUGGUUAUGCACCUUAAAAAGCAGGACCUUAAAGAAACAUUUAUUGACAGUGGUGUGAUGUCUGCCAUUAAAGAGUGGCUCUCACCUCUACCAGAUAGGAGUUUGCCUGCACUGAAGAUUCGGGAGGAAUUGUUAAAGAUUCUGCAAGAGCUACCGAGUGUGAGCCAAGAGACCCUGAAGCAUAGUGGGAUUGGCCGAGCAGUGAUGUAUCUGUAUAAACACCCUAAGGAAUCAAGGUCCAACAAGGAUAUGGCAGGGAAGCUCAUCAAUGAGUGGUCUCGGCCCAUAUUUGGUCUUACCUCAAACUAUAAAGGAAUGACAAGAGAAGAAAGGGAGCAGAGAGAUCUAGAACAAAUGCCACAGCGACGAAGAAUGAGCAGCACUGGUGGUCAGACCCCACGAAGAGACCUGGAGAAGGUCCUAACAGGAGAAGAAAAGGCUCUUAGACCUGGAGAUCCUGGCUUCUGUGCCCGUGCAAGAGUCCCAAUGCCAUCAAACAAGGACUAUGUUGUCAGGCCCAAGUGGAAUGUAGAAAUGGAGUCAUCCAGGUUUCAGGCAUCCUCCAAGAAAGGUAUCAGUCGACUGGAUAAACAAAUGAGAAAGUUCACAGAUAUCAGGAAAAAAAGCAGAUCUGCACAUGCAGUGAAAAUCAGCAUCGAGGGCAAUAAAAUGCCAUUGUGAUCUUGCCUGGGAUGUGUCCCCAUCUCUAAAAGAAAAGCUGCACAGUGGACUAUGGAGAAAGAAGAUAAUUUUAAAUGUUUUAGUGUGUCUCUCAAUGGUUCCGUUUGUAUCAUGUGUUGUUGUAGGACUAACAUUUCUCUCGGUUGUAUUUAAGACCAGUUGUCUGCUUUGUACAGAAGAGUGCUUACUACCCUGCUUCUAUCAACUGUACGUAAUAAAAUUUCAGUAUGGUUUUGGGGGGUUGUCUCAUCAUUGUCUUAGACACUAUUCUCUGUGAGAGCAAAAGCCAGUCCGUUUCAAUGUGUAAGUAUGAUAUGAGGAAUUUGUCUGGCCUUUGUUCCUGGCUCCUGACAAGGAAUAUCUCAAACCUUUACAAUUCUUGAACUAUCUUUGUUAUACUCUUGACUUGGCUCAUCGUAGGGCCCUAAGUUCACUCUAAGACUAGUCAACAGAAAUAUGCUUGACCUAGUCGCAUUGCCUGUUUGAUUAAUCAGUCAUACCUUUGUAUUGAAGCUGCAGUAAAGAAAAGAACUCUGGACAAGCCAGGUGCCUUGCACACCUAUAAUCCCAGCAUUUUGGAGACUGAUGUCGAAAUAAGAGGGUCAUGAGUUUGAGGCUAGCCUGGAUUACAUGGCAAGACUCUUAAAUGCUCUGGAUACUGCAACUAUGUUGAUGUGCCAAGAGAACAAAGGCACAGAAGCUCUGCACCACCCUCCAUACUACUCCUGAAUCUUCAUUGACCUGGUUGGCUUAAUUUGUAUCUUUUCUAAUAAGAUCAGUUAUAAGUAUAACCUUUUAUUGAAAGACAUAGUGCUUUUCCAAGUUCUAUGAGUCAUUCAGCAGAUUUUUAAGCCAAGAAAUUCUUGGGAACUUGCCUCUUUAUAGCUACCCUGGAAUUUUUCUGGUCUAAAGAUACCACUUGCAGUCCAGGUCUGAAGUUGGGACAGUCUUGUGGAGGAAAUCUGAUCCCUAGAACUGUCAAUUCUUACACUAACACUGAGCAUUUGGUAUCAGAAUUGUGUUGUGUAUGCCUAUAAUCUCAGCACUUUGGAGGCAGAGGCAGGAAUAUUGGGAGCUCUUCCAACAGUAACUUUGAGUUACUCAAAGACUGUUCAAAUAAAGAUGGUAUCUCAGUAGAGUUGGAAAUACAACAAGCAUACUUUUUAUUUCUCUUGUUAGAGAUGUUUUAUUUGUUUAAAUCUGGAGAGUUAAGCUGUGGGGAGAAAAAGUUAAGAAAAUACAGAUAUAAUUGAAAAUUAGUUACAUAUAGCAAUUGGACAAAUAGAAAAAGGAGAAACUAUGGUUUUGAGAAUUCUUAAAAAUCAUGAGAGAUUUCUAUAGAUCAAAAAAGUUUUAUCAGUAACUCAUUCAUUACUUAAGUCCUCUUCUAGUACAAACUGGAGCCUUGAUUUAAAAAAUAGAUUAUUGGCCACAAUGGCCUUUGGACAAUUGAAGGAAUGUGGACUUCAUGGACUAGAACACUCCAUAAGAACCUCUCAAGCCUGGUGUGGUGACACACACCUUUAAUGCCAGCACUUGGGAGGCAGAGGCAGGCGGAUUUCUGAGUUCAAGGCCAGCCUGGUCUACAGAGUGACUUCCAGGACAGCCAGGGCUACACAGAGAAACCCUGUCUCGAAAAAAAAAAAAAAAAAGAGAGAGAGAAAAGAAAAUAGCCCCAUAAAGCCUCAUUAAAGUACACUCCGCAUGCAAGAACAAAUGGAGUGUGAAUCAGAAACCUUCAGAGCAACAGUUAUGAACUAGGUGGUGGCAAACUACCUCUGGCUUUGUUUAAUUUCAUUAACUAAAAACAAUAAAAGCAUCUAAUGAACUCAAAACAGUUCUGAACAUGUAAAGCAAGUUUUUAAGAGUUAUUAUGGUGUCUUGGGAUGAGCCUCACUUAACACCAUGUUGUUAAUGCAAGUAAAUAUAACCAGCAAGUGGUAAACCCUUACCCUGAUUCUGCACUACUUAAAGGGAAAGAUGCUAAUUUCUUUAUAAAUUACCUUUGCUGUGUGGAUUUGGGGGUGUGGAGCCCCAAGCUUGACCCAUUCAUUGCCUUCAUAGUUUCCAUUUUACUAUAGUUUCUAGAAUACUAAAAUUAGCUCCCAUGUACCCUUCAACAUUUUUCCGUGUGCCUCGUUUUACGUUCUAUAUCUAAGACUUCUUUUGCAGAGCAUGUGAGUAUAGUUUAUCAAGAACCUUUCUUCUCAAGCUCCAUAUCUAAGCAUAUUUCUCUUAAAAAUAUGUUUUGUGGCAGGGCAUUACACAUCUUUAAUGCCUGCAUUUGGGAAACAGAGGCAGGUGGAUCUCUUGAGUUUGAGGCCAUCCUGCUUUAUUGAUUGCGUUUUAGGUCAGCAAGAGCUAUACAGAGAAACCCUGUCUGAGAAUAGAGACAGCCCAUGGUUUUUAGGGGCUAGAUGAUGCAGCUCUGUUGGUGGAGUGCUUGCCUACCACGAGCUAAGUCUGGGUUCCACCCCCAGUGCCACAGCUAUCUGGCCUGUCACCUUGCCAACCUGGCCUGGCUACAUGGCAAGCACAAAGCCAGCCUGGGCUACCUGAGACACUUCGUCUCAGGGUUGGCCACAUUAACUUUGACCUCUUGUAUGGAAUGCUGGGUAGUCGCUUUUUGGUUUGGGUUGUUUUUUGGUUUGUUUGUAAAAUGCUUUCACUUUGGCAAAAGAUUUGUAUCUUAACCACUUUUUACCAUACAGUUUAGGUGCAUUGGCUGGGUUCACAGUGUAUGAGCCACCUUCAUCUUACAAACUUUAGCUGUACUGGGCACAGUAGUGCACGUUUUUAAUCCCAGCACUAAGCAGACAGAAGCAGGACAGUUUCUGAGUUCAAAGUCAUCCUAGUCUUUAUAGAGAGCUCUAGACCAGCUAAGACUUGCAUAGAUCCUGCCUCAAACAACAAACACCUUAGCUCCUUCCACCAGCUCUUGACAAGUUCAUUCUGCUUUCUGCCUCUGAUUUAGACUAUUCUAGGAACCUACUUUUUUGAUUUAUGGGGGGGGGGGCUGGUAUGCACAUGGAAAAUCACAAUUUUAUGGAGUUCUUGCCUUCCACCUUUAUUUACUUGGAUUCUAAGGAUGAGACAGGUUGCAAGACUUUAGUGGCAAGAAUUUUGACCAUUUGAGCUAUCUCACCAGCCUGUUUCUAUGUAUAGCUUUGUGCUUUUUAAAAUGACUUUUGUAACUUUGGCCCUACUGUUAAGUCUGAUCCAUUUGAGAUAAUUUUAUGUUGUAAAAGGUUUACUUUUAUUUCUGUACAUCUUUGUUGAAAGACUGACCCUUACUGCUCUUGGAUCCCUUAUCAAAACGUAUUUGACAGUAUGAGGGUUUACUUCUGUAUUUUCUCCAGACGUUUAGUUAGUUUUGUUUGUUUUUUUUAUCCUCAUUAUCCUGUUUUUACUUCUGGAGCUUUAUAGUAAAAUUUGAAGUCAAGUAAUAUGAUUUAUUCACUCCAGUAUUGUUUUGGUUGCUGGGAUUCUUUGAAAUGAAGGAGAAAGUGUGUAUGAAUAUGUGCGUGCCUGCCCCACAGCUGCAUGUGGACGCCAGAGGACAACUUUCAGGAAUAGGUUCUUCCCCCUGAGUUAUGUGGCUUGCACUGCCCACACUUUUACCUGAAGAGCCAUCCUGCUGGGCCCCUCCACUUUUCCAUUCGAUAUGUUUGGACUCUGGGCUUCUUUGAGGUUUUGUAUGACUUGUCUGUAGCUGUCAUUGGGUUUUCAACAGAGAUUGGGUUACAUUUGCCAUUUGAGGAAGUCCUGAGUUUUAACAAUGUUAAAUCUUAUGGUUCUUAAACAGAACUGUCUUUCCAUUUAGAGUCCAUGGUUGAAUUUAUUCCUAAGUAUAUUAAUUCCUUGUGAUGUUGUUAUAAAUUGUUCUAUUUUCCUAAUUUUCAUUUAGGAUUAUUGUUCAUGAACAAAUGCAACUGACAAUUUUACCUCUUCCUUUCCAUUUGGAUACCUUUCACUUCUUCCUCUUGCCUGAUUGUAGAAUUUAGCAUUGGGUGAAUCCUAGUGAUGAAAUGGGCAUCCUGGUCUUAUGGGACUAAAGAAAGGGCUUUGUCCUUCUUCACUGAGUAUAAUGUGGGACCUUCAUGUAUGGCUUUUACAUUGUUGACCUUCCUUCUACUUUUAAUUUAUUCCGUUUUUAUUAUGACAAUAUUUGGAUUUUAUAAAAUGAUUUUUCUGUAUCCUUUGAAAUCACUGGUUUUUCUUUCAUCUUGGUAGUGUAUAUUUCACUGAUGUAUGUAUGUAUGUAUUUAUGUAUGCAUGCAUUUUUACAUUAUACAAAUGUACAUAUGCACGAGUAUCUGUCGGUGCAUACGUGCACACUGUUGUGCAGGUCAGAGGACAACCCUCAGGCAUCGCCCACCUUGUCUUUAGAGUCAGGUCUCUGACUGUCCUGGAGCUCUCUAAUUAGGUUCUAUUCUUAGAUGUGCACCAUCACACAUGCCUUUCCAUAGAUCCUGCCUGGGGACUAAACAUGAGCCUUCCUGCUGGCAAGGCAAUCUACUUUUACCAACUAAGCUCUCUCCAACCUAUCAGAUUUCUGUCAUUGUUACUCUGUUAAGUCAUCCUAACACUGUCAGUAAAUCCUUCUUGAUCAUGUCAUAGUAUCUAAUACUUUUUGAAUUAGAUACUUUUUGAAAAGCUUUAUUUUUAUUUUAUAUGUGUGAAUGUUUACCUACAUACCUGUAUGUCUAUGUGUGCACCACAUGUGUGCCUGGUACCCAUAGAGAUCAUCAGAGGGCAUUAGUCUCCUGGUACUAGAGUUAACAGGGUGGUCGUCAUCUGCCAUGCAGGUACUAGGAACUGAACCUAGGAUCCUCUGCAAGAACAACCAGUUCUCUGAACCACUGAGCCAUCUCUUCAGCCCUACGUAAUCCUUUAAAGUGUUGUUGAAUUCUGUUUGCUAGUAAUUUUUUUAAUUUUACAUUUAGUGUGUUUGUGUAUCAGAGGACACCUUGAGUCAGUUCUACCAUGUGGGUUUUGAGGGUCGAACUCAGGUUGUCAGGCUUGGCGGCUGAGCAUCUCCUUGGCCCACAUUAGGCUUUUCAGUUUACAGUUUGCUAUGGUUUUGGUAUAAGAGUAAUGCUGAUAUUUUGAAAAUGCUCCCUCCUUUUUUAAGUUUUCAGAAUAAUUUGUCAGAAUUAAUUUUAAUUUGGUCAGUCAUGGUGAUGCAUGCCUUUAAUCCCAACAUUCGAGAGGCAGGAGGAUUUCUGAGUUUGAGGCUAACCUGGUCUGUGUGGCAGCUCCAAGUCACCCAAGGCUAUAUGGUGAGAACCUGUCUCAAAAAACAAACAAACAAGACCCAAAAAAAAAGGCAGGGCAGAGGAAUAGUGUUAGUUGUUUAGAUGGUUGGUAGAAUAGACUGUUAAAGCUACCUGGACUGGGCUUUCCUUUGCUGGGAAGAUUUGGGUACUAGAUGUAAUCUCACUAGUUAGAGGUCUGCCUAUUUAAAUUUUUUUGUUUUUGUUGUUUGUUUGUUUGUUUGAGACAGGGUUUCUCUGUGUAGCCCUGGCUGU